AAUGUAUCCUGUCUCGUAGAUCCAAAUCGUCUGCAUGCAGGCAGAUGGAUACGAGCAAACUGAUGGUAUUUUACAAGCUUUUCUAUUCGGUUAAUUACAAGCAAAAAGUGAUAUAACCUAGAAUAAGAAAUAUUCGCAACGAAGAGGUUACUCUGUGAACAACCCCAUCACUGCUGAGAGAGGUGAAUAGAGCAAAUGAACUGGAACACAGGCGAUAUCGAGGUGUCAUUUUGCAUGUGUUUUGAGGGAAUUUACCACUGCUGUCUGCACUCCGUCUGUUCAUUUUGUGGUUUAGCAGUGAAGCACCUGCCAGACCCAGUGGCUCCUCUCAGACCUAGACCACUCUCUACAUAGAUACACCAAGCUAUGCACUUUUUAAAGGGCUGAAUGCUGCCCUAGAGCUGAAGGUCUAUUAGUGUGUCCUUAAGACUUCCUCCUUCCUACCCUCACUCCUUAUCCACAUUUAAGUGCACGAAGGCUGGCCUACGCUGAACAUGCCGAACGGAUCCGGUAGGUCAAGUCUUCCUGUGAGUGGAAUCUGAUUGGAUGUGUAUCGGGGACGGUUUUCCCCCAUUUUAAACCAAGUAGUGCAGGAGAGCGAAAGUCGAGAUUACUUGGUGCACGCUAAAUUAACUGUAUUCUAGAUAGAUCUAUUGCAUCUCUGAUACAUGUUUGACCAAGCCAAGAGUAUGGGCGAUGGAGUCGCCGAGGACCGAAACCACUGUGGACCCAAUUCGCUGCGCCGCGAGCGCGGUGGAGACGCUAAAACUCUGGCGGAAGUAGGAAGCCGCAGUUCCGGCGACGCUCAUGCUGGAACAUCUGCGUCCACGCCAAGCUCCUCCAGCGAGGACGGACACGACAAACUCUUAGGAGUGGACCCUGACUACUGCCGCAGGAUUUUAGUACGAGAUGCUAAAGGCACUAUUCGUGAGAUUGUUUUGCCGAAGGGUUUAGACUUGGACCGGCCGAAGCGCACGCGCACCUCUUUCACCGCCGAGCAGCUCUACCGUCUCGAGCUGGAGUUCCAGCGCUGUCAGUAUGUGGUGGGGCGCGAGCGAACAGACCUCGCCCGCCAGCUGAACCUCUCCGAAACUCAGGUGAAAGUCUGGUUCCAGAACCGUCGUACCAAGCAGAAGAAGGAUCAGACCAAGGACUCAGACAAGCGCUCUUCGUCCACCUCUGAGUCACUGGCCACAUGUAACAUCCUGCGUCUGCUUGAACAGGGACGCUUGCUAUCAGUGCCUGCACCUCCUCCCAACCCACUGCUGGCACCACCGCAUGCUGCCAAUGGCUCACUCCUGGGAAACCCAUCGGUAUCCUCAUCCUCUCCUGGGGUAAGCAGCACAGUCGCUUCUCCAGCAAUUAUGGCUAGUGGUGGUGGUGCGUUUGGCCUAUCUUUGUCCUCUCUUGGUGCUACACCACCCUCACCGAGGCUUGGAGUAGCACCCCCAUCCCUUUUCACCAUGCCACUGAUGAGUGGUGCUCAUCACGAACUCACGUCUAGCUAUGGGUGUGGAUCAUCAGCUUUUGAGCCCUAUACAAGGACAGAGAGGAAAGAUGGGGACUUAAGUUUGAAGAAGACUGUUUCCUAAAGAAUUUAAUCACUUUCUGGACCACUGGAAUGCCCCACAAUUACCAAAGGGUGCAAUCUGCUCUCUUUUUUUUUUUUUUAGCUACGCUGAAGACUAUAGAGGAAGGAGUUUAUUUGCAAAAUAAACUUUCACCUCCAUUUAUUUUAUUUUUUUCCAGUCUUAAAUUGCCAAGCUGUGCUGAUCCUUAUUUGCCACACUAAGGAAAUGAAAAAAAGUAAAAAUCUGCUAGAUUGAACUUAUCACCUCUGUGUAUAAGUGGCGUCUUGUUUACAGAUGCUUGGUGUUUUUUUAUUUUCUCUCUCUCUCUCUCUCUCUCUCUCUCUCUCUCUCUCUCUCUCUCUCUCUCUGUCUCUUUGUAUGUGUGUGUAAAUUACAACCUCGGGCUUAGUCAUUGUAAUGGAAAAAAAUUCAACUUGGAUAAUGUAAUAAUUGCAAAAGGCAAAUACUGCUUUUUAUCAGAUAUUGUAUCCAAAUGGUUGUUAAAAAAAGACAAAAUGAAUGAUCAUAUCACUAUAUUUAGACCUUCUUGUACUCUUUAUGCUGCUCUUAACUGGUAUUGUAAUUAGGGGUAAGUUCAAGUAUCAUCAAUGUAUGUUUUACUUUAAAAUGUGCAUGUAAGCAUGGGUUUGUGAGAAAAACAUACACACUAAUUAUGCCAAAUUGUUUUGGUUUCUAAUAUAAAUUAUUAUUUUCCCCAUUUAAUAUAUAUAAACAAAGUGUGUCACUCAAGCAUACAAUAUUUUAUUAAAUAUAAUUGGAAAGUUUUAAAUUAGAUGUCAAGUUCUGUAUGUUUGUUAACAGCAUGGGGAAGCAGAUGAACACAAAUGAUUGUGAGGAUUCUUGUAUACUGCAAGGACAACUGUCUCAUCAGUGUUAUUUCCCAUACUUCUCGUUAGCAACAUGUUGUGCGCAACUCCAUGGGGCUACUUAGGACUUCUGAUUAUUAAUCAGACUGCAAGUUACAUGUCUUUGUUGUUCAUUAUUGUAUAAUGUGCAGUGAUAAUUUAUUAAAUGGACAUGCAUAGGA